AUGGCUAAGGUUGUGCUUGCAGGAAUUGAAGUCUUCAACCGGAAUAACGUUUUCCAGAAAGACCCAACACCUCCGUCUCCGCCACCACCGCUUCCUCGACCUCAACAAAUCAACUGCGACCGAUCUCACCGAUUCUACGAUCUUUGCACAAUCAACGGCCCAACCGUUCUGGACCCUGUAAACUCCACACUCUACCUUUCGGCCCCCACAAACUCAACAACCGUGGAGAAGAUUAGGCCUUACCCAAGGAAGUGGGAAAAGCCGAUAAUGGCAGGAAUACAAGAGUUCACUCUAGUUUCAAACUCAAAAAGCCAAUUAUGUCAAGCACAGCACAACCUUCCGGCAAUCGUAUUCAGUGCGGAGGGUUACACUGGAAACUUCUUCCAUGAUUUCAACGAUGGGUUCAUCCCCCUCUUCGUCACUGUUAAUUCGGUUUUCCCCGACAAUCAAGAUUUCAUCCUCGUGAUAUCACAUGCUCAGAAUUGGUGGAUUAGCAAGUAUGGAGAUUUGCUACACACUUAUAGCAAGCACCCUAUUAUAAUCCCUGAAAACGAGACCUCCACCCAUUGUUUCCCUUCUGCCACUUUAGGCCUCAUAUCACAUGGAUUUAUGACCAUAGACCCUAAAUUAAUGCCAAAUUCACAAGCGUUAACCCAUUUUCGUGCCUUCUUAGAUAAAGCCUAUAACCAUGGCCAAAAUCAUCCCUGGAAGUCCAAUCCACCAAAACCGAGGGCACGACUGGUGCUGGCGACUCGAAACGGAGGUGUUGGGCGUGUGAUUUCAAACCAAAACGAAGUACAACAUUUAGCUGAAGAAAUUGGUUUUGAUGUGAUUAUCUUUGAGCCUACACCUCAAACCCCGUUGCAACAAGCUUACGCACUGAUAAACUCAAGUCAUGCAAUGGUUGGGGUACACGGUGCCGGACUUACGCAUUCAUUGUUUCUUCGGCCGGGCGUGGUAUUCAUGCAAGUGGUGCCUAUAGGAGCUGAAUGGCUGGCAGAGGUGUGCUUCGCAAAUUCAGCCAGGGCUAUGGGAUUGGAGUACUCGGAGUACCGGAUUGGAGCGGAGGAGAGUAGUUUGACAGACAAGUACGGUAAGAAUAGCUUACUGAUAAAGGAUCCGGCGACUUUCCGAGGACAAAAUUGGUCGAGUGCAAUAAUGGACAUAUAUUUGAAGGAACAAAAUGUAAAAAUAGAUUUGAUUCGGUUUAGGGACUAUCUGAAGGAAGCUUAUAAGAAGGCCAAAGAGUUCAUGGAAAAAGAGGGGGGCUAGCU